GUGCGCAUCUGUUUCCAGGGAGACGAGAGCGCCUGCCCGACCCGGGACUUCGUGGUGGGCGCGCUCAUCCUGCGCUCCAUCGGCAUGGACCCGAACGACAUCUACGCCGUCAUCCAGAUCCCCGGCAGCCGCGAGUUCGACGUGAGCUUCCGUUCGGCGGAGAAGCUGGCCCUGUUCCUGCGCGUGUACGAGGAGAAGCGCGAGCAGGAGGACUGCUGGGAGAACUUCGUGGUGCUGGGGCGGAGCAAGUCCAGCCUGAAGACGCUCUUCAUCCUCUUCCGGAACGAGACGGUGGACGUGGAGGACAUCGUGACCUGGCUCAAGCGCCACUGCGACGUGCUCGCGGUGCCCGUGAAAGUGACCGACAGGUUUGGGAUCUGGACCGGGGAGUACAAGUGCGAGAUCGAGCUGCGCCAGGGGGAGGGCGGUGUCAGGCACCUUCCAGGGGCCUUCUUCCUGGGGGCCGAGCGGGGCUACAGCUGGUACAAGGGGCAGCCCAAGACGUGCUUUAAAUGUGGUUCCCGGACCCACCUGAGCGGCAGCUGCACGCAGGACAGGUGCUUCAGGUGCGGGGAGGAGGGCCACCUGAGCCCUUACUGCCGGAAGGGCAUCGUGUGCAACCUCUGUGGCAAGCGAGGGCACGCCUUCGCUCAGUGCCCCAAAGCCGUUCACAAUUCCGUGGCAGCCCAGCUGACCGGCGUGGCCGGGCACUGAACACCCGCCUGCCUGCCAGAGUGAAUACAGAGCCAGUUUACCCCUCUUAAGUGCCAAAACUUUUUUUGAAAACCAUUUUCUAUCGUGUUUGAAGGAGACCUUUUAAAACCUACAAGCUACAUCUCUCUUUGCCUUCUUAAACUGAGUUUACUACAUUUCAGCCUUUUCUGAAUUGGUGACUGUGAUCGGUAAUGACUAUCGAGAACUGUAGUGUGCAGAUACGUCGCCAGUCCCUUUUAUAAAUUUUGUUUUCGUUUUUGUAUUUGGGGAUUUUUUUUUUGAACUUGUUACUCCCUACCCCUUGUCUGCUCCCUGAAUUUUCACCCUGUGGGCUGCCUUGUUCAUCUUUAUGCCCUAACACUAGGUACAGGCGGACCCCAGUGUCUAGGUACAGGUAGACACUACACUCCAUCAGUGUUUAUUGACUUGAAAAUAUUGUUGACUGUGGCUUCUGUCGGGAUGUCUAUCUUUUGCAGCUCUUUUCCUCCCCCUUUUAAUUUGCUGCUUCUAAUCUGUGUGUUCUGAGAAUUUGUGAAACCAGUGUUGUUAGAAGUGUAUGUAAUCUGAGUCAAUAAGCUCUGAAUGGUGGCCAAGGGCCUCUUAUGGCAUUACUAUGCGUGGACUUUGUGACAGCUCUUUCGGUGGCUCAGAAGCCAUUUUUCACAGAAUUAUGGAAUCUAGAAUGUUCCUGUUGGAAAGGAUCUACAAAUUGGUUUACACCAAUCCCUUGGUUUUCCAACAGUGAAACAGGCCCAGAGAGGUUAAAUGUCUGGGUCAAAAUCACACCGCUGUCUGGUGCCAGAGCUAGCCUAGAGUUCCCUGACCCCAAGCCCAGUGCUCAUUCCACUACCUCUCACACUUCACAACAUUUUCCUCAACACUUGAGGGCCCAGAAAGUCUGAUCUCUCCAGAAUAAUGUGCCCAGAGGAAUGCUAAGAAAUCAUCUGGGGAAGGAGCAGAAAAAGAUGACUUAGCAGGGGCUUCUGAAUACUUGGGAGAUAGGGAAGGAAUAAAAGAACAUAAUCCAGGAUGCGCUCGUUGCUCCCUGGGGUAUCAAAUCUGGAUUAAAAUGUGCCUGGUACUUUGGGUCCUUACCCUUCCCCAUUCCUUGUCACCAGUGAGAAAUGGGGGUGCUCCUGUGUAAGAAGACCUAGCAAAGGUUUACAUUUGCACCUUAGCCUCUAGAGUUAGAAACCCCAGAAAAGCAGCUAAUGGAGUUCAUCCACAACCUCCUGACCCUCAGGAGAAAGGCUGUUUUAACCCAGAAUUAUAAGUGAAUUGUUAACGCCAAAAUGUACUUGCAAAAUAGGUCAAGCGAGAGGGCGUUGGGUCAACUGUUACCAAGUUAAAGGAGAAUAGACAAUACACUACUUUUAGUAUUUGUCUUCCCUUUGCAUUAAGUUUUGCUAUUUCCUUGUGGCUUGGAAUGUAAAAUCCAUUGUUAAAAGUUUUGUUCUGAAUAAAUAUUUAUCUUUUGUAUUGCAAAAUA